CUGUAUCCAGAUGGGUGUGGUAUGGCUCUGCCUCCCUAUCCUGCUGCAGGGGAAGUGUCUGGGGCCAGGGCUGGGUUUGUUUAGCUGAAUGUGCUGUCAGAUUGCUCAAACUUGAGGCAGACAGAGCAGUAGGAGGAAGGCCAGGCUGUAUUCUGAAGCAUCACAAUUUGGUGAGUUCUUAUUACUCCCUUUUUUAAGGUUUAACAUUGUAUCUCUCACCCUGCACGGUUACUCAUGUCCCAAUUCUAUGUAUAUGUACACAGAUAUUCACUAUACGGUGUAUUGUCAGAUAUUUAUUUUUAGAUUGGAAUAAUGUAAGUUACCUAUGUUCUCACUCUGGUUAUAUAGGCCUUAAAUUUAAAAUUUACUUCUAGCCCACUAAAUCUCUCAUUUUACUGUCUAACCUUGUCAGCAAUUUAAUUUAUUUUAUGGGAUGAGAUUAAGUGGUUUUUUUUGUGUGUGUGCAAUGUAACAAAUUAGCACAGAAAAAGACCACGGCUGCUGCAGACUUUCUAAAAGUAAACUAAGAGUUUAGUUUACUUUUCAGGUUAUCACACACCGUAAGAUUCCAUAGUUAUUAAACACUCCUUUUUUUUAAAGCAUAUUUGUAAAAAAUAAAUUUUUUUGUGAGAAAUGGGUGAAGUGCAUUUUAUCAACGCUCCUAAGAAUGGGUUAAUGGUUAAUUUUGACUGUUGGGAUUUAAGGGAACACACACUCUUCAGAACAUCUUCAGCUUACAUUGAGAGAGCACAAUUAUCUCGUUUAACUCCAAAGUUGCACUUCCAGCGCCUGACCCAGCUCCCCAACAGUUUCCUUUUUUUUUUCAGUGUGAUGGUCCUGAUGUUAGGGUCCUGUUCUGUCGUCCUAAGUUUGUAGAAAGUGUAGUGUGAGAGCAUCAUUGGACGUUCUCACGCUAUGUUAAGUGCACCUUGCAGGGACUGCCCUUUGAGGGAAAAAAGUCUAUAACUGUAUAUGUACUAUUGCUGAGUAUUAGGUUUAACCCAGUGGUUUCCAAUCCAGUCCUCGAGGCACGCCUACCAGUCCAGGAUUUAAAUCCUGGACUAGUAGGCGUGCCCUGAGGACUGGUUUGGAAGCAACUGGCUUAACCCCUGAAGGUAAGACAGCGCCCUGACACUCCUUCCCUUACCCACUUAAUUGAGCUUAAAUUAUUAUGGUAACAUACAAAAGUUUAUUUUAUAAAGUUGCAAGCUUUAAAACCCUUGUUGAAUUUAGGGCAUCUUCUAAUAAGAAAGCGGGGUUAAUUUACUAAAUAUUAAAUUGGACAUUGAUUUGCACAAUUUAAUCCUACAUUACAGAUUUGGAGAUAAUCGUUAGUCUUAAAUUUGCAAUUUUAUUUUCGGUUUACCAUAAUUCAGUGUUUAGUGAAUAUACAAGGGUGUGCAAAUGCAGCUUGUUUUGAACAGCCAGGCCAUUCAGUAAAAAUAACAAGCCAUGCUUAUAUAUUGUAUGUUGGCACAUUAAUUCAUUUGAAUAAUACAGUGUCAUGUGCUGUGGGCCCCAUGCCGGAUGUUUGAAUGACUUCUGAAUUAAAAAAAAAAAAAAGUGGCUGGGUGAGAUUCCUGGCACACAUUACUUAGUGGAAGACUUCUUGAUGUAAAAAAGAAAUGGGGAGAUGACGACAGGAGGGUGUCAAAACAAAUGCUAGAAGCAAAGAUAUCUCACCCUUGAAGAAGAUUGUGUGUUGCUAUAUCUGUCUGUCUUCAUUGUUUACAUAUGUUUUCUAAAUGGCAAUGAUAUGCUCCACCAAUACAUCCAGUAUUGUCUUGUUGCACCAGGAAUAUAGUUAUGAUACGCUAAAUAAAUCAUCAUAAACAUGAGUGGUGAUUUACACCCGAAAAGUGAUUCACUAGAUCAGAUUUAGUGGACAAUUUGAGAAUGGAAUUGUUGAAAUAUCUAAUAUUUUAAGAUGGUUACUUCAAGGAACACUCCAAACCCCUAAAAUACUUAAAGGGUUACUUACCCUUCUUCAUCGAUUCAGGUUUUUGUAAGUUAAAAUGCUCUAUCAGGCAUUACUAUUAGAUCCCCAUGAUAAAAUGCUGAGAUUUUUUUAAAUAAAAUGUACCUGACACCCAGCGCCAGGCUAUGCCCUCGGCGCUUACCUCCCUCCUCCAUCUGACAUCACAGGGGCCUCCAUGGUCCAAUCACAGGUUUUACUCUGGCCCGGCGAGGGGAGGGAGGGAAAGGUGGUGGAGAGGGGAGAACAAUUUUUAAUUUAAAAAAAAAAAAUUAGAGAUAUAGGGAGGACAUAUUGAAUGAAGGCUGUGAGGGAGUGGAGAAUGAGCUUCCCCUUGCAAGCUCUCCUUGCAACCGUAGAAGGUAAGCAUAUCUUUCGGCAGCAUUCAGUGUAUGCUGACGACAGACUUUUAUAUUAUGCACAGAAUUGACAAUAGGCAGCCUGGGUCAAUGCUUUCCUAUGGGGAACAAAUCUGACACUAGGUGUCCUCAUGCAAAGCAUCAGAUACUGGACUAAAGGUCCAUUUCGAUUCAGGAAGCUGUCUAGUGGGUGUCUUGUAGGCAGACUUAGUGCUGCAAUGUAAACAUUACAGUUUCUCUGGAACUGCAAUCAGUGGUGUAAUUUGGAUUCAUGCUGCCCUAGGCAUGACGAAACUUGGUCACCCCCUAAUCUAAAUCUGCCCCACCCCUUCCUGUCAAGGCUGCACCUCUUCCUGUUUAAGACCAACCCGCACUUUGACUGACAGACACAUACUGGCAGCACCUCUCGGUGACAGGCACACACUCUGAGAUACACAUACACUAACAUAAACAUACAGUCACUGAUUUGACACACACCUCCUUGAUACACUGACAGACACAUACAAUCACUCAGAAGCGCUCACUCAGACAUACACUGACAGACACACACACCCAUCACUAACAGAUACACACUCGCUAACAGUCAUACACUGGCAGACACACAUUCAUUGACAGACACAUAUAUUCACUGGCAAACACGCACACUCACUAACAGACAUAGACUGGCAGAUACACACACUCACUAACAUUGCCUCACACACUCACAAACUAUCUUUUUUUGUUGUUGUUUUUGUUUUUUAUUUUUUUUAUUUUAUUUAAAUCCACCCAGCCUCCCUACCUUUGGGAGAGCUGGAGUGGCUUCCUUCCCUGGGGUCCAAUGGGCUGCUGGGCUGGCUGCUGCUGUCUUCUGUGCUAGCUGACACCUGUUGGGCUGUCUGGCAACUGCUGGGCUCCUGUGCUGCAGAGUCAGUGGGCGGCUGUAAUCUUCCUGCUCAGGUCCCUCAUGUGCCGCUUAGUGAUAGUGGGAGCCGGAGUGACGUCAUAUUCUGGCUCCGGCCUCACCGCUGGGGGCGAAAGUGAACUGAGCAGGAAGAGCUCAGAGGAUGGCUCUACCAUCCUCUGAGCCUGCAUUGACCGCAAUAUUGGCAGCCGCGCGCCUCUGGGGGACCCCAAGAUAAAGGCUGACAAGGUAUCUGCCAGGGCACUUUUGGGGGUGGUGUUUUUUGCCACCCCCUCAAAGUGCUGUCCAAGGCAAAUGCCUUGUCCGUCUCGCUGUAAAUACAGACCUGACUGCAAUGUUUAACAUUCCAAAACUAAGUUCAAAAGGGACACCACAAUUAGGUGAAGUGGUACGGGUGCCUACAGUGUCCCUUUAACUCUUCCUUUACAGGAAAGUAUGUGUUUGUCUGUCUGUCUCUCUCAAAUAGGGCCCAGGAGCCUCCUCUGCAAAUAAAUGUUAGUGUGUAUGUUAUAACUUCAUAGUAACACAGAUAUAGUUUUAGGUGAUACUGGCUUUCCAUUAUAAAAUAUUUUUUUUCGAGGUCUAUGGAUUUGAAUAUAUAUAUAUAUAUAUAUAUAUAUAUACACCGGAGUGUUCAUUUUAAUGGUGUGGUUACAUAGACCUAAAAUUUGUAAUUCCCUUCUCAAUUCUUACUAGUCAUGGUUUUGUGAAUAAUGAUAAUUUAAAGGAACACUAUAGUCACCUAAAUUACUUUAGCUAAAUAAAGCAGUUUUAGUGUAUAGAUCAUUCCCCUGCAAUUUCACUGCUCAAUUCACUAAACUCCAAAUUGUAGAAAAUGUAAAUCUAGGAUACUAUUUUAUCCUAAUCUUCCAGUCUUUUUUUUAUUUUUAUUUUUUUAUUCGCUACUUCGGAUGUAAGUCACAUGAGAGAGUAGAGUUAGUGCUUUAAAGGAGCACUUUGAGGCUCCAAGGAAUGAGUAUAGAACAAGGUGAGUAUGUGGAAUAGAAUGUAGGUGUGGCAUGCUGUCUGAUGGAAAAUAUCACAGUGGAAGUAGGAUUGGAAUUCCGCUUAUUCAGAGAAUUCAGGCUGGAAACACUGGGAGAUGUUUUAAUUUUUUUUGUAUUAUUUUUUUUCUGCUUGAGAAAAGUUUUACUAGUAAUGUGUAAAGUGAAUUGCCACUUCCCAUGUUGUGUAUUAUGUUUAACAAUAUCUUCCUAUAUUUAACAAUAUGUCUUUGUGAGGCGUGAAAAUGAAAUCCUAUUUAUCCUCCAUCUUGGCUCAGACAUUGUUUCAUGCUCUGUCCUUUUCUUAAAGUCAGCAUGGAAAAAGCAUACAGAGGAGAAAUUACCAGUAGAUAAUGGGGGUUAUGUAUAAAGUGGUCUAAAGUACUAAAAAUGGGUCUGUCACCAAGGAAACCAAUGAAACAAGUAGGCACAUUGCAUUGGUGAUCCUGCUUCUUUUCUAUGUUUGCACCUCUUUUCACAACAUAAUCUCCAAAGUGGUUAGGGAGCUUUUUUAAGAAGUUUGAGAUUUGUGAAUAUCUUCCUAAUUAAGAAAGAUAUUCAAAAAACGCAUACAGCAUGCACUGAGAGGAUCUCAUUAAAGGGGAACGUUUACUGGCCAGGAGUUGUAAUAUUACUUUACUUCAUCCCAUCUGAUGACUCUGGUCCGAUUUAAAUUCUUCUCAUAAUUAAAUCCUACUCAUAAAGAAGCAUGAUUGCAUUUAAAGGUUUUUCUGACUGGUUUAAUUUUUUUAGUCCAUGGAUCGACAAAUUGAUUUUGACCUAGAAGAGGGAUGAACCUACCAGUGUCAACCAACUCAAGCAUUGUGUUUGAAUGCAUUAUAUACAGUUGUGAGCCAAGGAAGAUAUGACUAUCUAAUAUGUGUGGUUACACUGUAUAGGAAAUGUGUCUGUGUGUGGGGGGAGGGCGGGUACAAUGUUUGUAAUAAUGUGUGAGGUAGGGGCUUUAACUUUGGUUAAUGAUGGGAGGGAAGCAAUUUAAAAUUUUAGAAGCAACUAAAUGUUAACUAAUUAAAGUGUAUUCCCACUCACUUUUUAUACCCUUUGCACCACAGGAUUAUUCAACCAGUGUUUUCAAAUUAUGUAACAUGACAAGUUUGUUACGGUACUGGCAUGUAAUUUAGGACUGCUUAUUUAUAAGCCAGGAAAAAUCCUAAUAAGAACCAUUGAAUUCAUGAUUAAUGCACCAAUAUAUCAAGGCAACACUGCACUCCUCACGUGCAAAACCCGUACUCACUCCCACAACAUGCAUACAUAUAUCACAUGAUGAAAAUGUGCCAUCCAGCAGGACAGGUUCAAAUACAAGGGUCUGUCCCAAGAUCCUGGGUUUGCUCUCUGGUGUCUCACAUCUGAGGACACUAAUGACCAAGUAUAUAGCGAGCACAUGAUUAGAUGCAAUUGCUUUGCACAAACUACAAUAGGUAUACUAUUAUAAUAGUGAUAAAUUUAUAUAUUUAAAUAAGUGUUCUAUUUAAAAGAACAAAUUGGUAUAUGUAAAGGAACAUUCUAAGCACAAUAUCACUACAGCCCAGUUAAGGUAUCACAGUGUAAUGAGUGAUCUGGUGAAGUCCCACUGUAAGUAUUACAGUUUGACAACUUACUUUGGUCUAGCUCAGGGGUCCUCAAACUUUUUAAAGAGAGGAGCCAGUUCACUGUCCCUUAGACACUGUUGGGGGCCGGACUAUAGUUUGAAAAUUUGAAUGAAUUCCUAUAUGUACUAAAACAGACACAUAGACAUAUACAGACACAUACUAACCUACAUACAGACACAAACACGCAUAAGGACAUACAGACAUACUGACAUACAUACAUACUGACAUACUGACAUACAUAGACAGACAUGUACAUACAGAUACAUAUAUACUGAAACACAAACAUACAUACUGACGGACAUAUACAUACAUACAUACAUACAUACUGACAUACAGACAGACACGUACUGACAUACAUACAUACACUGACACACACAUAGCUAAUUUUUCUUACUUUUUUCUUUGCAGGAGGGUGGCUGUGGCCACCUGUCUCUCUCCCCUCCUGCGCAGAGGGAGCUGGGAGGAAGUGACCGGCCGUCACUUCCUCCCAGCACUACUUGCAGCUGCAAUUUGUUAAAGAGGCCCAGUUGCGCUAUUUCACGGCCGCAGCGCUGACUGGGCCCCUGAAGAUAUAGGGCCCAUUGGGUGGCCCUAAAUGCUUGGGCCGGGUUCAGGUCCCUGGCGGGCCGUAGUUUCAGGUCUUGCUGAAUCCCUGCACUUGCAACUUCUUUGUCCAGUCUUCCACUCCAGGAGAAUUGGCUGUGGGCAUGGCCCUGCUUAGCUCUGUAGAGCUAACCUGAUUUUUUUUUUUGAAGGGGAAAACCAGAAGCAUGGCCUUUUUUCCCCCUCUCCACCAAUUCCGUACAAGGUAUGAGUCCUCAAGGCACACCUACCAGUCCAGGAUUUAGGGAUUACCCCGUUGUGUCAAGAUGUUCUUCUCUAAUUUUUUUUAUUUUCAAAAAAAUACUUUAGACACAACUGCGUUAUUCCUAAAUCCUGGACUGGUAGAUGUGCCUUGAGGAUUGGUUUGGAAACCACAGUUAGGGAAAGUAUACAUACUCAAAAAUUAGUACACUGUAAAAUAAUGUAUAGCCCUUUAAAAUACAUUGUUGGAUGAGCUUGUGUUCACAUUUGUUUAGGUUUACAUAUAUUAAGAACCUGCUGGAGAUCUGAGCCGGGACCAUCUGAAGGGCAGACUACUUGGAGUUGUUUGUUUUCCGUAUUCUCUUGCACCCUGUUGUUUUUUUGUUUGUUUUUUUUGCUCUUCCCAAAUUUUUUAAUUUUUAAGCCAGAUCUUGACCCCUUGCUCACAGUCCCAAGAGGAGUAUAAACUAUACCUUACUGAUGAGGCCUAAAAAGGUUGAAAUGAUUGACUGAGAUUGCUGUAUCUCUUGUGCAGAGAGGGACAGUUUGCAUUUUGAAUCUGGAUCAACCUUAUGGGUGGCAUCAGUCUGAUAUGCAAAUUGUCUGGUUCUCUUUGUAAUGACACAAAAUGAGCUAAAACCAGCUUGAAAUCUGAGCGGGGACCCACAGAAGGGCAGGUUAUUUGAGCUGUUGUACAUUCUCAGUAGUUUCUAGCACCUUGUUAUUUCUUUUUUUUUUUUUUUUUCCUACUUUUGUUUAAAAGGAUACUGCAGGCACCCAGAUCACUUCAGCGUAUUGAAGUUGUCUGGGUGCAGUGUCCCUAUUGCACUUAGUGCUGCAAUGUUAAACAUUGCAGUUACAGAGAAACUGCAAUAUUUACAUUGUAGCAGUCAGCCUCUAGUGGCCGUCUAGAGGGCUUCCUGGAUUGAAACGAAACUCACUGCAUGAAGACAUCCAGCGUCACAUUUUGUUCCCAUAGGAAAGCAUUGAUUCAAUGCUGUUCUAUCGGGAGGUCUAAUGCAAGUGCUGCAUUUGACACACAUGCGCAUUAGUGCCUGCUCGUCGCUAGACCAUGGAGGGGACCACGCUUCAACCCUGCGCCGAGGGACAUCGGUGCUGGGAUCAGGUAAGUAGAUAGAGUUUUUAACCCUUUAUUUAACUGGGCGGAACGCAAGGGAGGGGCACGGCAGGGGGUGCAAUACAACUUUCAAUUUGUAUCCAUAGUUCUCUGAUGCUGUUGGUCAUAUUUAUUUCUUCUUACUGUUUUUUUUUUCUUUUCUUUUUUUUGGAUGAAUUGAAAAAAAAAUGCUUAAAAUGUGUGCUGGUGUCUGUAGUGUCAUUUUAAAACUCUAUUCUAUUGCUUAUUCAUUUGCAUUUAUUUUGUUUUUCAGGCACAUUUGAUACCAGCAUGGCAUCAGCAUGGGUAAGUACACAUAGGUGGUGCUCAGAACUGAGAAGCCUACUUUGCAUAAUAAAGCAAGUGAUUGAUACCUGGGAACUGCAUUGUUUCUCAACUACAUGCUCUGUGGUUCUCAGGAAGCCUUCUUCACACACGUCUACAGUGCCAAGAUCAGCCUUCAAUGCUGUUACAUUUUACAGUGUAUAAGAAGAAGAAUUGAUUUUAUCAGAGGAAGAUCAAGCAGGUUGGGUUGUAAACGUGUAUUUGUAAAAAGAACACAUCAAGCACCAUAACCACUACAGCCCUCAGUGGUAGUUAUACAUUUCCAGAAGUGCCCUGACACCCUCAGCAGCAACUGAGAGCUCUGAGCCAGUGAUCGCAUCUAAGCUGGGCAUAGCUCAAUGACAGGAUGUUCUGUCAGUGAAGAGGUGGUGGCCUGGUAGGGUCUUAAAUGGUCUAACUGUUUACACUCUGGGAAGGCUCUCCUGGUACCAUAACCAGUACAGUGGACUGUAGUGGUUAUUGUGCUUGUAAUGUUUCUUUUAGCAAAACCGGAUAUGUGAGCCCACCAAAGCAGCUAGUGUAACUGUCAUUUAUUAGAUGUCAAAACAACCUAAUAAACAAGUAUAAAUGGCGUUCACAAAUUCUUCUCCUUCAAUAAAUAGAAGUAAAUUAUUUUAAAUAAAUAAUUAUUUUAAAGUAUAUUAGCUCAAAAUGUUUUAAAUAAUAUAACCCAAAUAUAAAGUGCGCUGUGCCUUUAAAAACAUGUGCUAGCAAAUUCUUACGCGCUACAAUCAAUUUCAGCCAAAAUAAAGUGCUUACGUAAAGUGUAUAAUAUUCCAAAUCUAAAAGUACUUACUUAUUUUUGUGCAAAACCGCAAAAUAAUUGUGUAAAAGCCACUGUAGUCUAAAGAGGAGGAAAUAUUACUGAGGAGAAAUAUCAAGCGCAGAUGGCCUGAGCAGUCUCUUACCUGCUCAAUGUUUGUGAGUGCAAAUGGCUCUGAACAAGUACUGUGAAUGAAAUAUUGCAUUUUAGAUUUAUGUAAUUUAUAGGACAGACAAUGUAAACACAAGCACAUUCCAAGUGUGUUCUAAGACCUUCUGGGAAGGAGGACUGUGUGGAAACUCUGAAGAAUGCCUACGAGAGAUUGAAGUUAUUUCCUGAAAUUGUUAACUGUACUUUGCAAAAACUGCUAAUCAUAGUGUUAUCAACAUCCCCCCCCCUUCCUAGUUAUGAAAUUAGUAGAUUGAUUGUAUACUCUUUACUAAUGACAAGUAUUAAACCAUUCUCAAAUCUGUAACUUUCUUUCCUGUGCCCUAUCUGUCUGGCUCUCAUUUUGUUCGUCUUUUAAAAACCUAUGCCUUAUGGGAAGGAAAUAUAUACCUCUCCAAAUGCAGUUUGGAAUAUCCUCCUAGCAAUAAUUACCAGCUUUAUAUGACAAAAUUAAUGGUUAAGUAAUGGUUCAGUACCACACAAUGGUUCAACUAACGCGCAUGUCAUGUUAAUUGGACCUAUUCUCUAUAUCUUUCUCUUAUACUAAUUUUUUUUUUUCAUUUUAAGGUUUAUUGACACAGCUGUACUAAAAGGAGUAUUUAAAACAACCUCUCAAACUUGUUGUACCAGAUCAUAAAGCACUAUUUGUAAUGGAGCUGGGAACAGCUCCACCUAUUCAUGCUGUGCAUGUUACGUGUUCUAUAUAAAAGCUUAUUGCAGAUCUGUGUCUACUGAACUAAAAAGAAAAAUAAACAUUUAGAUAAGAAAGCAAUUUAACAGAAAUCUUUCUUUGGUCAGCCACAUAUUAAUAGAACUGUCACUUUACAGCCUCUUAAAGUUACAAUACUGGGUUUUGUAACAGAAAGCAAUGUAUUCUCUCUCGUACUCCUACUAAAAGAACACUAUAGCACUAAGAAGACAAGCAUGCAUUCCGACCACUAAAGUGUCCUGCCUAGUAUACAAAUCAUUGCAGCUGUGUUAGUUUGAACAACAUUGACAAGAUGAACUGCACCACAGGGGGGAGCCAAAGCCUAAUGCGUUUCUGACCCAAACAUCCUUACUUUACUUUUAUGACCUUUGGGUCAAAAACGUGUUAGGGUUUGGCUCCUCCCAGUGGUGCAGUUCCUCAACCGAUGUUGUUCAUACUAAUAAAGCUGCAAUCAUUUGUAUACUCUGCUGGAGCAUGGUGUUUUUGUGUGAACCGUGCUAGUGUUUUCUUAGUCUAGAGAAGCAUUGAGAGCCAAGUGUGGGUGCACAGAAAAAUGCAGCACUGCACCAUGUGUUACUUAUAGAUAUCUAUAAUUUAAGAAAGAAAUAAUAAAUUUAAAAAAUAUGAUCAGAUCAACAAUAUGGCAAAGUCAUAUUUUGUAUGGCAUCGUUUUUAUAUCCUGUUCCAAAGAACCAGGAAGUAAGAACAAUGAUAAUGAAUGUAUUGUGGUCAGCGUGUUUCAGUGAGCAGGAAGUUAGGAAUGCAAUUAGUCAUGGAAAAUCUUUUUUGUGAAUGUUGUAAUCUGAGAUUCCUGAUCACUGUGCUAACUUGAGCCGAAAAUCAUUUUAAUACCCUUUAGCCAUCUUUCCUGGAACAUAGUAUAACAGCUAGUAUAGACGUCUAUGGGCAGGGUUCUAUAUACCUGUGUGUUUGGAAUUGUGUGUUGUACGGUUUAUAACCCAUAGCUAUGAGUAUUCGCUCAACAUUGCAAAGCACCCUGGAUAAGGACACUUAACCAGAAAGAGAGAGAGAAAGAGAUUUUAAGACAGUCAACAUCAAUAACAAUUUAGAGUGAAUAUGUGGGGAAAAAUAAAGGUCUGUAACAUAAAAGAUACGCAAUGAUGUGAAAAAUAAAUAAAUCACUCAAUGCAUUAACCAGUGACAUUCUGUAGUAAGCCAGCUUUACUUUUGUUACUGAAUGCAGGUUGGCAGCAGAGGGACUGUAAAGGAUUUUCCUGGCUUCAGCGCAGGGAAGGAUGCAGAUGCAAUCCGGAAAGCAAUCAAAGGACUUGGUAAGUAUACCUGGGUGUAACCAUACAUAAACUGCUUGUUGGCAAUUCAAAACCAAAAAUGUUGUGCUAAGGGAUCUCAGGUUAGUCGUGCUAUAGCGGCUUUAAGUAUGGGCCUAACCCAAGUUACAAUUCAAAUUUUGAACCUACUACCUCUAACAGGACUAUUAGAGAAAAGGUCCAGCCAAAAAACUAUAUUUAAUAAAAUAUAAGGUUCUAUCAGUUAAGCACAGACAAGAUAACAGUGUGGAAAGGAAAAUCCUUACAUAAAAGUAAAGGCUUAAAGGACCACUCUAGGCACCCAGACCACUUCAGCUUAAUGAAGUGGUCUGGGUGCCUGGUCCAGCUAGGGUUAACCCAUUUUUUAAUAAACAUAGCAGUUUCAGAGAAACUGCUAUGUUUAUAAUGGGUUAAGCCUUCCCCCUAUUCCUCUAGUGGCUGUCUCAUUGACAGCCACUAGAGGCGCUUUGCUUCUCACUGUGAUUUUCACAGUGAGCACGCCAGCGUCCAUAGGAAAGCAUUGUAAAUGCUUUCCUAUGAGACCGGCUGCGCGCGCAUUCAGCCGGCGGGGCGGAGAAGAGGAAGAUCGGAGGAGGAGAGCUCUCCGCCCAGUGCUGGAAAAAGGUAAGUUUUUACCCCUUUCCCCUUUCCAGAGCCGGGCGGGAGGGGGUCCCUGAGGGUGGGGGCACUAUAGUGCCAGGAAAACGAGUAUGUUUUCCUGGCACUAUAGUGGUCCUUUAAGGAAAAAUAAAUGGUCUGAGAAAAUGGUUGUUUACUAUGCUGUCUAUAAGGCUCCUCCUGUAUUUGUUAAACCUUUAUCACAUGCAAUGGUAAAUCGAAUGAUAUUCUCUCAAAAGGUGAAUGAUUUUUAAACAGUUACUACCACACUAGGUAAAGUAUCUCUAGAGUAACACAAACGAUGAUACUAAAAAAGAGAUAUUACAGUCUGUCACAGAGAAUAGUUGAAACCUUAACUACACACAGGAAAAAGAGACCUCAACAUUCUUAAGGGUAAUGUAGAAUAAAAUCAUAACAAAAAACAAAGAAAAAGGUCUCCUUAAUAACCAUGAUCCGAACUUGCAUUUUACCAUGUAGAUGGGGUAAGACCUCUUUAAAUUUUCUAUAUCAAACCAUCUCUAUUUAUGACUCAAUAAUACAAACCUAAUUUUUUUAGGAAGCUCGCCGCUUUGGACAAUAUGCUUGAAAGGAGAAGCUUCCAUCCUCCCUCAUUAAAAAAAGGCUGUCAAUAGGUCAAUAGCUAAGACUAAGAAGGGACUGUUCCUCAUUGGGGCACUUUAGAGGUAAGGCCUCGCCAACUCCCAGUUAUGUUCUAAAUUCAAAGAAUAGGGUUACUCCAGCUUGCGCCUAAGAUGGGCAUAUAAGAGAGCUUGGGACAUGCAUAGAAACCUACUUCUGGAAGAUAAUAAAAUGAAGAAUGAACAGCCAAAACUCACCCGCUGUAUUUCCAACUUUGAUUCUGUUUGGGAGGAGGCCAAAGUGAUCUGUGGGAGUUAUUGGCCCCUUUUGAACAUGAUAUAAAUCUUAAGGAAGUAAUUACUCCAGUCCCUUUGUAUCUUUAACUGCAAGAACCUUAAUGACAGGCUGGUUCCCAGCUAAACAUUGGCUUACUGGUUCAAUAGGUCACAUGUAAAUUACUAUGUAAGGACUUGAAGAUUUUAAAAGACAGUCAACAUCGAUAAUUUAGAGUGAAAGAAUUUUAAUAUUGCAGAACCGUAGGAGUGAUCUAUGCAUAUGUGAGCAAAACCUUUUGUCCGUUUAGAAGUAGUAUUAUGGAACGUUUCCACUCUAAAGUUGGCGCUGUGCUAUAGCUCCAGAAAAGUCAAAGUGCACUUAUUUACUUUUUCCUCCAAAUAUUUAAUCUCCUGUAUAUUCUACUAUUUUUUUUUUAUAUUCACCACAAAGGACAUUCAAGUUGCUACAUCCACUUCUCCUAGUAUAUAUAUAUUUUUUUUGAUGGGGACUUUAUAUCUCUUUAUCUCUAGUACUUUUGUUUAGGGUAGUUGGUUCAAAAUGUAUUGGCAAUUCAUACACAAAACUUGAUCCAUAUUUGCCUGUCUACAGUUCAAUGUACAUAAUACUUGCCAAAAGCUGUGUGAGAAAUGCAAAUAUGGCUUGAAAAUCAUUGGACAAAGUGAAAUAGUGUAAACAGGUUAGUUUAAAAAAGCAUCCAAAAAUAUUUAUUUACUUUGAAUUGCCUCUGAGCUAUUUCAUUUCAUCUGUAUCAUUGUCGACUUCUUAAAACACACUCACCUCUCUCUCCACCUCUGAUACAGAGGUUCUUACACUCACACCUUCAAACACUCACUUCCCUUUGUCUCCUCAAGAUCACUGGCUGUACCAUUGCACUACCUAAACAUACCUCCUUUUUUUUUUUUUUUUGUGCCUCACAACCAAUUUCUGAAUUCUGCCAUGUUUCAUAUUGCAAAUAUGUAUGUUGUUUUAAAAUGUGGACUGAUAUCAGCCGACUGCUAAAACUUUAUUAAGUCAUUCUUACUUAUUAUUUUUUUUUUUUUUUAAGUUUAAACUAAUGGCAUUAGAUUUACAAGGUGUGUGUUCCAAUUUUUCACUAUGAAUUCUCAGGAACAGAUGAGGAUUCGUUAAUCGCCAUUCUUACACAGAGGUCAAAUGCACAGAGACAGCUCAUAGCGAAGGAAUAUCAAGCUGCAUGCGGGAAGGUAUGCAUGGAACCAGGUCUGAAUUUUCAAAUAGAAGUCCUUACGUACAGGCAUGUAAUGUGGAAUUGCCAAUCAAUAGUGGCCAAUCAAGUAAAUAAAGCCUCUAAUUAUAUGAGUGUUUUUUGUUUUGUUUGUUUUUUACUUUUCUUCUCCAUUAAUGGAGCAGUGGGACUAGGCAAGAUGCAGUAAAGAUUGUCAUCAAUAAAUUAGAUUUGCAUAUGGAAUAUAAAAUGGUAAGUUAAAGCAGUUCUGUAACUUCUCAGUAUUUCAUGAAUAUAUAAUCUUUAUAAAAUACUCAUGCUGACUGCAUUGUAAUUUCAAUGACAUCCCAGUAGAAUCCAAAGGUACCAUAAAGCAAAGUAGGGACCACUUUAUCUUAUGUUAAAGCCUAAAGUUGAUAAAGGGCAGAGCUCCACCAUCAACUUUUGCCCAAUCCCAGCAGCUCUCACAAAUGAUGGUGUCUCUCUCUUUGCGAGACGUCCUCUAUGAUUUUAUAUAUAGACCUCUCAAACAUUGGCGAAAGUACAGCACUGAAGCUACUCCUGGCAAAUGAAGCGUCAGGAGCCAAGAAGAAGAUGGCGAUGGCUGCAAGGGACAUCUUUAUGUACGUAAACCAACCUGCACCCCAUGGUCACCUGACCAAAACUGUCACCUUUGAGAGACUUUGACAAAUAUAAAAGGCCCCCCAAAGUGACAGAUCCGCUUUUACUUUAGAAUUGUACUCUGCUACUUCUUAUGUAGCGAAAUACUCAACACAUAUAUUCCUGUUACAGGUCCAAAUUUAAGAUUAAUGUUUCCAUGUAGCAUUUGACAGCAUUCUAGCUUCAAAUUUUCAAGUUUUUUCUUUUGUUUAUUUAUUACAGUAGAGCACUUCAGGUUUAUAUAACACACAUUGAAUUUUUGCUGUGUAUGUGAAAAAAUUUGAAAUAAUAAAAUGAAAUGCAAACCUUAUUAAAAAAAAUGUGCUAGAGAAUGUUCUCAUAAGGCUACAAAUACAUGAUGUGAGAGAUCUUAGUGUGUCUGCUGCGUAUUUGAAAUUGUGCCUCUAGAGGUGGGCGGAGUCAGCAAUAUAAAUGCAGCUUUUUCUCUGAAAAGGCAUUGUUUACACUGCUGAGUCUGCAUUGACAGACUUUAUUCUCCCUGAACCCUCUACAUUAAGCAUUAAUGGUUCUGGUGCCUAUGGUGUCCAUUUAAUCUUUCUAUCUGUCAUUAAAAAAAAAAAUAGUAUUAUUUAAUAUGUGUGGGUGCACUAAGUGAGAAACUGGAAAACCAAAAAUGGCUUAGCUGUUAAGUGCUAAACUGGCUAACAUAAGCUUGGUUCUGUAGAGUUUUAUGGAAUCAGUUUAUAGUCCCCAGCAGUCAAGAACCAGAAAGGGGGGCAGGGGGUUGAUCUCAAUAGUGGUUUCCAUAUAGUCAAAUAAGCAUUUUAUUAAAAAAAUCUACCAAAAUACUAAGUGCUAUGAAAAACUUAUAAAAGGUUUCAGAUUUAAUUUAUCUAGUAAACUGUAUUACUGAUUUAAAUGUACAUUAAUGAUUGUAAUGAUUGUCUCCUUUUAGGACCUGAAGGAUGACUUGAAAGGUGAUCUGUCUGGUAAUUUUGAACACCUCAUGGUGUCACUCACUCUACCCCCAGCUUAUUUUGAUGCCAAACAGUUAAAGAAAGCCAUGAAGGUAGGUUUCCAGUUUCUAUAUUAUCCAUAAUUAUGCAACUUUUACUGACUAAAAUACAUCUAUCAGUUGUUGGGUUCAAGAGAGAAAUAAUCCAGACUAAUAAUGGAUUUAUAUCCAGGUUUGCCAUCAUAACCCGUGGGGCCCUUAUAAACUCAUUGGCUGGGACCCUACCCACAGGCAAGUGCCCCCAGACACACACUUCUAGACACAAAGACAUAAUCACAAGCACACACAGAUCUGCAUUACAGAAACAUUCUCGUGUGGAUCAGGCUUCACCUGCAAGCUUUGCAACGAGGGUUGUUCCUCUCCUUCUAAGCUACUUCCUCGGGGAGUAAGUGACCUGACAUUAAUACCUCCCAGAAUGGCCCUACAGAAGAAGAAUGGAGGCAGUUUGUACCAUCCACUAAGGGGCCCAGGCUUUUACAGACCACCUAUGUGGUCCAGUCCCCACUCAGACUGCAUAGCGUUACUGGGCCUCAGAACAUGGCUGGGCAUUUAAUAGAGUACCAGCUGUAUCCCCUCAAGUAUCAAGCUUGAAACCUUAGCGAUUUAAAUUUCCUAUUGGAUUUUUGUGUGUGUAUGUGUGUGUGUGUGUGUGUGUGUAUGUAUGUAUAUAUAUAUGUGUGUGUGUAUAUAUAUAUGUGUAAAUAUAUAUAUAUUUAUAGAGAGAGAGAGAGAGAUUAUAUAAACCAGGGGGCGGCACUCACCUGAACAUGCAUAAAUGGGGUGCUGCUGGGGACCAAUUUAUACAAUACACAAGAUCCAGUGCACUCACUUAUCCACUAAGCCUGCCACAACGUCAAUGUACCCCAUCUUUUUUACAUACACACACACUCUAAAAAGCAUCAUGAUAAACAAUAGGAAAGAAGUAUAGACGUGUUAUACAAAGAAGAGAAUAUAUUGGCCAAUGGAACAUUUUAAUUGAAAGACAUUACUGCUUGGCAAGUGAGUCCAUCCUACAUACCCAGGAGAACAUCCUAAUGUAAUCUUAUUAUAGAAUAUGUUGUGUGUAAAUAACUGGGUGUCUACACUUAAUAUUAUAUGCCCUACUAUAGGUAGCUCUUGACACUCUUCAUCUUUGAAGGAGUCUUCAUCUUUAACCCCUUAAGGACACAUGACGGAAAUAUUCCAUCAUGAUUCCCUUUUAUUUCAAAAGUUGUGUCCUUAAGGGGUUAAAGAGACACUCCAGUGCCAGGAAAACAAGUUUUCCUGGCACUGCAGGUCCCCUCUCCCUCCCACCACCCAUCCCCGGUUGCUGAAGGGGUGAAAACCCCUUCCGUCACUUACCUGAGAACCCUCAGCGGUGGUUCCGUGUCGCCGCUGCUCCUCCCCUUCCUUACGUCAGCCGGUGGGCGAGACUGAUCCCGCCGGCCGGCCGGCCGGGGAGACCUAAUGCGCAUGUGCGGCAAUGCCAUAGGAAAGCAUUGAAAACCUGUGCUAUAGGCACGGAAGUGCCCUCUAGUGGCUGUCUAGUAGACAGAAUUAACCCUGCAAGGUAAUUAUUGCAGUUUAUAAAAAAACCUGCAAUAAUUACACUUGCAGGGUUAAGGGUAGUGAGAGUUGGCACCCAGACCACUCCAUUGGGCAGAAGUGGUCUGGGUGCCUGGAGUGUCCCUUUAAGGAAUGCAAUUAGGAAAAUCAAGGCACCUAUUUUAACUACUGAAUGCGAAUCUAUGAAAAUGUUUAGGGCCUGUCAAAAUCUAAAAUGCCAUCAAUGGACAAGUAUUGCUUCCAAGGUAUAAAUAAUAAUAUCCAGUCAAAUUAAGGGAAUACUUUAAAUGUAACAUAUACAAACCUGAUGGUGACGGUAAGAUUUAACCAGAAUACUAGACAGUGUGAUAAUUAACCAUUAGAUCCUAGCAAAUUUAACUGUAUAGGUUAACUAGAAUACAGAGUACCACCCUACGGUCAGCAAAUCAAAUACGCAGCCAACCCUACCGUGAACUGAAAUGAUCAAAUAGGUGUGCAAAUGUCCUAUUUUUCACUUCCUUCCUAGACCUUGUGUUAUUUUUAUAUAAGCUUAAUAAAUUAUCACAAUCUGUUCUCAAUAUCUCCAAAACCUUUUCCAAAUAAUUUAUCUAGAGAAAUUACCAUUAGGGAUUUUUUGUACAAAACAAAUUAUUUUCCCAAUAUGCAUAGCAGAAUAAUAUAAUAAUUUGGCAAACUGUCUUUAAUUUUCUUUUUCACCAGUCUAUAUGUAGUGUUUUUUUUUUCCUUCUUAUUUUCAAUUUGAAGAUUGUAAAUGUAUAAUUAUUUAACAGAGAUCACACAGUAUGUCUCAUUUGUAUUAAUUCUGUACUUAAGGGAACAGGAACCACCGAAAGCAUAUUAAUAGAAAUUCUAGCUUCAAGGACCAGUAAACAAAUGAAGGAUGUUGGAGAUGCUUACUAUACAGGUACACAUUUUAUAUAGGGUGUGUUUUACAGCAACAUAUGCUCAUUUAUUUGUAUAGUGAAUGUGAUUAUAUUGAAUGUGAUUAUUACUUCCAAUAGAGUAAACCUAUCUUAUGGGGAAAGGUGGAAGAAAUUGAUUACAAGUGAUGUACAAAAAAAUAAAAUAUCACACAGAGCCGUUUUCACAAUAAUCCUUUUAUUGUUGCAUUCAAUGCAGCCUUCUGAUUUAUGAUUAUUGUGUGUGUGAUAAACAAGGUACAGGUCUGUUAGAGUUAGCCGUGUUCACUCUGCGUAGUAGGAGCAAUAGUCAUGCGGAAUAACACUGCUGAACAGCUGAGCGAGGACUUGGGGGACUAAUGAAAAAAUACAGGCAAUCUGAAUUAAAUGUUGACACUUCAUCCCCAGUCCAAUCUAGUUAUUGAUCUUUAAUGAGAAUCAUUUUUGAGUAAUUCUUUCUUUGUGAAAUUAGUCUAAAGAAAGCAAGCCUAUGUAUUGGAGGAGUAAUGUGAUCAGCAAUAUCUUUUGUCGUUCUGCAGUGUAUGGAAAAAGCCUUGGGGAUGAAAUCAGUUCUGAGACCAGUGGUGACUUCAGGAAAGCCCUUCUAUUUUUAGCCAAUGUAAGUCAGAAAUGUGGUGCCCUCCUAAAUGUCUAUGUAUCUCACCCACAAAAAGGCUUCUUAAAGGUGCCACCUACACAAUAUUAAAAACCAAAAUAUAGAACUGUUUAUUAGUGAUGUCCCGAACGGUUUGCCGCGGACUCAUCAUUGAGUAAACUUUGACCCUGUACCCCACAGUCAGCAGACACAUUCCAGACAAUCAGCAGCAGACCCUCCCUCCCAGACCCUCCCACCUCCUGGACAGCUCACUAAGAAUGCAGCUUCACAAUGAAUGUAAAAUGGAUGCUGUCCAGGAGGUGGGAGGGUCUGGGAGGGAGGGUCUGCUGCUGAUUGGCUGGAAUGUGUCUGCUGACUGUGAGGUACAGGGUCAAAGUUUACUCAAUGAUGAGUCCGCUGCGAACCGUUCGUGGCGAACCGUUCGGGACAUCACUACUGUUUAUUUAAUGUAUAGACCUCUUAUAGAAAGGUUGUAAAUGUGAACAGCAAUAGUUUUUUUUACUGUCAUAUUGGAAUACAUUCAUCAAGCCAUCUACUCUUCAUGCAAUGCAGCUGUCUAAUAUAAUGCUGCGCACAAUCACAUAAGUAGGAAGAUGAAAUUUUAAAUGGAAACUCUAUGCACCACAAUCACUACAUCAAAAUAUAGUGGUUAUGGGUGCCAGGAGUCCCCAAAAGCAUGCUGGUAAUAUAACUCUUUAUGUAAGCUUUGAUGUGUUGGUUGUCUAAGGUAUAUUACUUCCACACUUUCAUACCUUGUUCCAACAGUAUUCAUUGGCUCAGAGUGUCAGCAAAUCAUUACUGUUUAAACCUGGUGUGACUGGAAGGACCAUAGGCGCCUGACACAGCAGAGUAAAUGGCUUUACUGGUUACCAGUGGGCACUGCUUAGGGACUCCUGGAAACACUACUGCAGAGUGGUCAUGGUGCCUAGAGCCUGCAUGUGCAGUGUAUAUAUCAAGUUUUGUAAUAGUAAAUAUGCGAGCAAUUGCAAGGACCGGAAGGUGAGUGCACAUGGUAACUGUGCAAACUAAGGCGUUACUGCUGUGUUAAUGAUUGAGACAGAGUGGGUAUGCUUGUAAAGGGCAGAGAACGUGAGAGAGACAGUGCGUGUUUUUUUUUUUUUUUUUUUUAAGCAUGCCACAAGCAAAAAUGUGUAUGCUGAGGCAGUCACUGGGCUUAAGGUAAAUUCUAAAUGUAGCAACUUCAAUAGAUAUAUCAAAUCACAUUUCUGGAGACCUACGUUUAGGCUUCCAGUCCUCAAGGCUACAUCUAGUAGCAACCUGGCUGAAAUGACAGUCACUGUCAAGUCUUGUCUCAUACAUCAGAUGCAAACCAACUUAUUCGCUUGGACUAUAUAUGGGCCACCAUGGUGUUUUCUUGCGUAUAAUAAUAAAUCUGGUCAUAAACUAAAAACAGUAGGCGAUGACCCUCAAUCUUUGUAGGACAAAUCUAUGUAUGUCUGUUCUAUUUUCCUUUAGAAUGAAGAUUGAAUUUUAUUUAUUAGGUAUAUAUUUUCCUAUAGGCACAGAAUCUACUUAAUUUUUACUUACUCAUUACAAGUUUCAUUAUAUUUGUAUAUUAGUCACACUAUAAAAGUGUAAUAAACCAUAAUUUCACAGCGUUUUUUUUUUUUUCCUUUGUUUUUUUUUUUUUACCUUGGCUUUUAAAUACUGUGAUUAAAUGUUCCAACUGUAGAUUGAGUCAAACCUUUUAGCAUUGCUAACAAAAACACCAUCAAUCUACAUAUAUUUAAUCCAUGAAAGAAAUUAUUCUCCAUUCUUUUUCUGCAGUCCAGACGUGAGGAAACUUCCAAAGUGGAUGAAAAUCUUGCUAAAAAGGAUGCUGAGGUAUAUUAAGUUACAAAGCACUGACAUUUGAGAAUGAUCUAUAAAGCUUGUUCCAUUACUUAGCAUAGUAAUAACUUGCUAUUACACUGCAUUUUAAACAGUCUUAUAAAUCAAACUAAUUGUAUCUGUACAAGCCUAUUGCUAAGGGAACACUGGUUAGAGCAGUAUGGGCAGAGGGUGUGCAUGCAUGUCUAUUCCAUGGAUAGAUACAAUGUGUGGCUGGUUAGAACAGUGGUAACAUCACUUGGAAACGGAAAACCCAGGUUUGAAUCCUGGCCAGCUCACAUUAUGUUGGCAAAAUACCUUAUGAUAAGGUAGGCAGAUUUAUAUCAUUGAGUGUAAGCUUAUUGGAGCAUGGCCUUCUUCAGCUCAUUAGCUGAAAGCAUGAUCUGAUUGCUCUCAGCCAAUCAGCUAUUGUAAAACUAUUUCACUAUUUACACUGCGGAGGUCACCAGCAGUGUUGGCAUUUGGGGCCCAUCGAAUAGCCCACGCAUUUAGGGAUACCUGAUAGACAGGCCGAUCUAAUCAGGGGCCUCGUUGGAUGAUGUGGCCCUUUUUAGCAGUGCACUCUGGACCCUUCAAUAUCGGCAGCCAGUGCUGGGCGGAAGUAACUUCCUCCCAGUUAACAGACUUUGUGAGCUGGGAGGAUAGAGGAGGCACAGAGAGGAGAGCAGGGUAAGCAGUGAUGAAAUACAAACAAAGGGAGUGGGUAGAUGGUGUGUGGGGCAGAAUUCCUCACACACAAUGUGCAGACAUGGGACCCACCACAGAACAUAAUACUAUAUGAGCAACAGCUGCAGACAACUUGAGGGUUAUCUGAUGGGUUUUUCAUUGCUACUUGAGGCCAGUUUGGAGUAAUAAAUGAACAUAAGCUGAAUCAUGAUCCCUUACAUACACUGAGAAAAAACUGGAUAUAAAACUAACCGUGCACUCACAGAGAAUCACCGUCACACACAGAAACACAUGCAUACAAAUAAUACACGCAGAUGCACUGACAUGGCUUCUCUGACAUUCCACAGAAACACAUCCAGCUUCACUUACUUUGAACACAUACGAUCUCAUCUGUGAGAAUGUAGGUAUUACUAUAUGUGUACAUGAGAUAAUGUUGGUAUGACUGUAUGUAUAUAUGGCUGGUGAUUAUGAAUGUAUGGAAGAGUGUAGUAUGAACACUAGUCUGGUUAUCUGUAUUAUGGGGUUUUUUAAAUACAGUGUCCUCCACUAAUAUUGGCACCAUUGGUAAAUUUGGUGGUUAGUAAACCAUUUUUUGUUGUUGAUUUUGAUAUGUUUUGGAUCAUUGUCCUGCUGUAAGAUCCAACCAAGGCCCAUUCUAAGCUUUCUGGUAGAGGUACGCGGGUGUUCUUUUAAUAUCUGUUGAUAUUGGAGUCAGUGAUGCCAUGUAUACUAACAAAAUAUCCAGGUCCUCUGGCAGAAAAACAGCCCCAUACCAUUAAAGAGCCACCACCAUAUUUAACCAUGGGCAAGUGGUACUUUCCUAUAUGGCUAACACUCUGUGCGAGUCAAACCCACCUCUGGUGUUUAUUGUGUUCUAUGGUUUCAUUUGAUCAUAGAAUCAAAUCUGAGGUUCCAGUAGUUUCUGGCAAACCGAAGAUGCUUGAGUUUGUCUUGGAUGAGAGUAGAGGCUUUUUUUUUUUUUUUUUUUACUUGAAACCCUUUCAAACAGCUUGUGGUGAUGUAGGGCACUUCCCAUUAUAGGAAGCUCAACAGCCUUUUGCAGCACAUCACAGCUAUAUUCCUUGGUCUUAUCCAUUGUGAUGAAUGACUGAGGGAAUUUGGUCUGUGUGUUUCCUCAUAUUUAUACCCCUGUAAAACAGGAAGUAAUGGUUGGACAGGUCAAAUCUCUCCCAGGCAUCCAUCCAUACUGUUAGGGUGUGAGAAAUAGUGAGGUGACAGUGGUGGAACAGCAUAGCCAUAGGAGCUAGCAGCUGAUUGCCAAGUCAAUAUACACUGAUUAACUUUAAGAAAAGAUUGCUCCAAGUGCAACCAUUGUUUGGUGGGAGUUAUAUUUGGCCAAUCAUAAAUUCUAUUCAAAUAGAUAGCUUAAUAAUAGUUGUAGAUGUCUGGCAAUCCUUUUCCUCACAAACCUUUUGCCGAACCAGCACAGAGUAGUUGAUUAUCAGUUUCUUAUGUGCCCAGACAAAUUUGGUCAUCACUGUUCUAAGGAGGGUUAAUAGGGGUAAUGUUUGCAAAAUAUAUAAUAAUCUGAUGAUUAUUUAUGCAGAAAAGAACAUAGCUGAGGCCGUAAGAUCCCCAGGUAUUUAAUCUUGGAGGAUGCCCAAUAAAAGGGGAAUUUAUCUUUCAAUGGAUUCUAUAAUUUUAGGAAUACAAAUUUUAGGAAUACAAGAUCCCCAGGUAUUUAAUCUUAGAGGAUGCCCAAUAAAAGGGGAAUUUAUCUUUCAGGGGAUUCUAUAAUUUCAGGAAUAGCCCUUAACUCUUUAGUACCCCCCCCACCAGUUCCAGCACCGAUGCUCAUCGGCACUCUGUGUUUUCUGAUGUCAUCCGAUUGAUGCAAGCAUAUUAGGUCCUCCCCAUAGGAAAGCAUUGCCUCAAUGCUUUCCUAUGAGGUUUUCACGAACGCUGGAUGUCAUCGCACAGAGUCUGAAAAUGACACUGACACUCCAGGAAGUGCCUGUAGUGGCUGUCUGGUAGACAGUGACUAGAGAGAGUCUAAGUCCUGCAAAGUAAUCAUUGCAGUUUCUUAAACUGCAAUGGUUUUCUUUGCAGGACUAAGGAGGACAAGGACCACUGCACUCAAACCACUUAAAUGAGCUUCAGUGAAGAUUGUCAGAGUAUUUAUAUCGGCAGACAUCUUGUGCUAUGAUAGAAACUAAAAGUGUAUAUUCUGAGUCACUCUGAACAGACCAGACUCCAUUUUGUUAUUUCAAGUUAACAAAAAGACACUAGAUUUCUAUCUGUAAGCUAACCACUUUCCCAGAGCUGAGGAAUGCAUAGUAUAUACAAGCCAAGUGAUAAGGAAGGGGGUUGGACAGACUGUCUAAUGCUAAUGGAAUAUAAUCAAAUCUAAACCCAGACAAUUGUGACAGAGAAGAUUAAAUAAUUUAAUAUUUAACUGUCUAUAUAUAUAAGGUACCAUUGUAUGGAAAAGGGUAAACUUAGUUCAUGAUCUGUCAUAUCAGAAAUUAUGGCAGGAAUUGCAGACGCUAAGUCUGGACAAAAUUUAAGAAACCCUUUGAAAUUUUAAAUUAUGGCACUAUAAAGAUAACGCAAAAUGACGUCAAAAUAGCCACCAGGAAAAGUUAACUCUUUCCUGGAUAGGUAUGUUUAGUGGGACAAGACUGCCCUCUAUAGACUAAAUACCUAAAUUGCGAUCUGGAAGAUAACCACACCUCUAGUACUUCUAUUGGGUUAUCAACUGAUGACGUACAGAGAGUCUGGCCCUUUAAAAGUUAAGACAAAGGGAAGACAGGGAUGCAGAUGCAAGAGAUGCAAAGGAGAGGAGAGAGGAAUUGGAAGUUUGGGGACUCCAACCUCCAUGCAGAGAGACAUCCAAAUAAGUUCCUGAGACUAUCUACCAAUCGGAUGAAAUAUCUACUCAACUGGUAAUUAUACUGGUUUCAUUUAAUUAAUUAAAUUAAUUAAAAUGUAUUAAUAGCAUGAUAUAUGACUGGAUAAAGCACGGUCAGAUUUCCAUAUUAAGAAAUCUUAGUUAACUAAGAAUAUAUAGUUAUAAACAUUCCAUUCUGCAGGUGGAAUUAAGAAUAAUUAUAUAUUAAUGUGAUAUUAUCACAUGUUAGCAUACCGUUGUUUUUUAUCCAGGUGUAUUGAUUUGCUCUAAAUUAAGAUAAGAUAUCUUUUAGACAAAUUAAACUCUGCUUAUAUAAAUAUGGUAGAUUCUCUUAUUGGAUGGUUCCAGGAAAUGACUAAUGAACUGGUUUAAAUGUUAUUUUAUUUAAAAUUACAUAAGAAUAGAUCUUAACUACCUAGGAGAUCUAGCCAGCAUUGAAAGGGUUAUUCUAACUGUCAGCUAAACUUUACGACCUUACGCUGCACUCUGAGGAAUUCUGUUCUUCGCUGUGAAAAGUUUCACUUUAAGUCUGUGUUAAAGAUAGUCAUAAAUAAAGUCUUGACAGAAAAUGCUAGUUAGCCAUUGAAACGUAAUACCCAUUCCUUUGUAUUGCAUACCAUUUUAUACUGAAUAUACAUUGAUUAUUGUCAUGCAUGUUGCAUAAUAUUAUUAUUAAUUAAUUUGUCAUAUAAAUAAAAUCUAUUUUUAUACAUUGUGAUAUUAUUAUAUGAAAUACUUUCACUUACGAUAACGACCUUUGGGAUCUGAGAAUUGAAUUAGUGGGCAAUUCUCAACUAUUACUAUUAUUAUCCCAUAAAUAUCCCCACAAGAUGAGGUAUGUUGUAUAUUGAGGCUUAAUAUUUCACUUUUGUCUAAGUUGACUUAAAAUUUAAAGAUAGUACUAUAUCUAGCCAAUUCCUCAAGUAAAUAUGGACAAUACCUUCAGGAUUGGUUAUAGAGAACAAUAAGUUAUCUCCAGAGCUUCCUUCUCCUUCAAUACCUCAUGUCUUAUGGUGAGAUCUAAUGACCUGGGGGCUGCAAUACCAGGAUGAACAAGCGUGGGGAGAGUAGACACCCCUGUCUUGUCCCGUUACUUAUAUGGAUGGUGGAGGAUAGAUGGCCAUGAACAUUAACCUGGGCUGUGUGAGUAGAGUAUGUGAUUUAUCCAGGACAUCCAACUGGGGCCGAACUGCAAUUGUCGCAUGGUCUCAGUGAGUAGGAGGCAGCCCCCCUCUGCUUCAAUUGAUGAAAGUAGCAUAUAGACUUUUGAGUGUUUAGCCUUAUGGAGAAUAUUAAAAAUUUUUAGUAUUAUCUUAAGCCUCUGUGCAUGAAAUGAAGCCUGAUUGUUCAGGAUGUUUUAAGUCUCUGCGCCAUCGUCUUAGUGAAUAGCUUUAGGUCUAUAUUUAUAGGGUAAAUCGUCCAAUAACUACUACAGUUGGUGGGAUCUUUUCCCUCUUUUGGUAUCAGAGAUAUGAUUUCCAGGUGUGAAGCAGGGAGAGGUGUACCUGGUUUUAUUAAAUUAAGGGCCCUCAAGUGGGUUCACUAAUUCUGAUAAAAAUACUUUAUAAUCAAAAACCAUCAGGAGCUGGGAUUUUUGAGCUAGCAGUUUUGAAUAUAUAUAUAUAUAUAUAUAUAUAUAUAUAUCAGGUGGCAAAAAAAUGGGGUCCCAUAGGUUUGGGAUGCCAUUCAUAUAUCUCCAGGGGAGAGUCUUAGUCUAAAUACACCCCAGUAUAUAAAAGGAUAUUGACUAUAUUGAAUACCGAUCAACUAAUGUAACUUUGCUGGCAAAACAAUAGCCAAUGAAAUUUGUGGACUGACAUGCUAUACUGGAGCUAAUGUGUAAUAUGUCCCUGUCCUAUUUUAGAUUUUAUAUAAUGCUGGAGAGAACAAAUGGGGCACAGAUGAAGACAAAUUUAUUGAAAUUCUCUGUUUGAGAAGCCUACCCCAACUCAGACUAAGUAUGGCACAUAAUAUAUCCAAGAUUAUUAUUGCUUUUGUCUGAUAGGAUGCUGAUAGGAUGCUUAUUAUUGCUUUUAUUUUAUUAAAAUUAAAUGGAUCUUUGAAAUUAGACUGAUUCCGUUCUUAUUAUUAAAAAGUCUUUAAAGCUAAGACACAUUGACAUUGAAGAGCUAAAGUGAUAUUGUAAAGAAUAAAACAUAUAGCCCUGAUAUGUACCUGACUUUUUUCACGUUAUCAUUCAGUAUAAAAUAAAUCCCAUGAUUAAGAAACUGAAAGCUCUGACAUCUUUGAAUCUAAAAUACAAAUCCAACAGUGAGUUUCACAUUGUGGUCUUGACUUUAUAUUUUUUGGAUAUUCUUUUAAAAUGAUUUAAUAUUUUUGGAUAAACAUUUUAGUUUAUUUUUUCACAAUAUCCAUUUAUAUAAGUAUUAAAAGUUCUUCAAAAAAGCUUAUCCAAAAAUAUUAAAUGAUUGCCAGUUUUAUAUCGACUUAUAUGAUAUAAAUUUUACUUUCCUGAAUUAUUUGAAAAUAUUAUACAUUUACCAAGAGAUGCCCUGAUAACAAUAUUUAUAAAACUAAAACUAGCUCUGUGUAAGAACAUGUUAGGUUUUCAUUAUAUGAAGAUUAAUUGAUUCCCGACUGUGUUAUUUGUAGCAGUGUAUUUGGCUGUUAAGUAUAGUUGAGGAUUAUUGUCAUUCUCUCAUUGUUUUCUGUAUACCUGGAACACUAGCUUGUAUGAUGAUAUGAUUUGUGAUAUUAAGAUGGCACCGUAUGGGGCAUUGUUUUCAAGGACAGCAUUUGUCUGUCCAGUUACUUAAAUGGACUGUAUAAGCACCUUUAAAUGAAGUGGUCUGGGUGCCAUACCCCCCAUUUUACCCCUACAGCUAAAACCUUGUCAUUCUGCAGGAAUGGCAAUGUUUGCAUUGCAUGGUUAACCUGCCACUAGAGGCGCUACUGCAAAAUAGUAGAGUAAAACUCCACUAUUUAAAUUGAAUGGUCUCAUUUAUUUAAAGCUGCAAAUCUACCCUUUUAAUAGAAAACCGAGCAUCCCAUGGGAUUUGGGUGGAGAAUUAAGACAAGUUAUAGGGGUUUCAAUGUUUUUUUUGGGGGGGGGAUAAGGAGGGUUUUAGUGGUGUAAUAAAGUGAUGGUUCCCCUUUAAAUUGCAUGUUUCAGUAUUUUUAUUCAUCUGAGUUUAUGCAAUUUUUAUCGUAAGUGAACUAAUGAAGAAUUUGAAUUAUUGUGGUCAAGCAAGCAUAAAUAUAGUGGUUUGGGUGCAAGAAAAAAAAAAACAGAUCUUCUAAAAUACAAGCUUUCGUAAAAGUUUACAUAUUUAACUUUUUGUUUUGCUGUAUAAACAGCUUUUGAUGCAUAUAUGAAAAUUUGCAAAAAAAGCAUUGAAGAAAGCAUAGCCGGUGAAAUAUCUGGGCAUCUAGAGGAUUUGCUUCUGGCCAUAGGUAAGUCAUUAAAAUAUUUUUUUUGCUGGCAUUUGAGUUGUGUUUUGAACUUGGGUGACAAUGGAAUUUACUACAGUGAACAUCUGUUUUAAUGGUACAGAAAUUAACAAACGUUAUAAAUUGUGAAAUCCCUGCAAAUCAACUUUUAUUCAUUUAAUAAGUGACACAAAAACAACCUCUGUCUAAUUAAUAAAAAAAAAUUUAAAAAAAUUAAAUGGUGCUACGGUCAAGACAUGGCACGGUCAGAAUUUAGGUUAUCCUGCCGAUCACUAAUUCGUGAUCCUGUUAAAGAGGCUGCUUGUCCCUCCUAGCUGGGUAAAAUUUCACAUGGAGGUGUUCCCUCGUGUUUUGGUCUUAAAUUUUCUAGAGAUGUCUUUUCCAGAGCCACCCUCUUUCCUCUAAUUUAAUUUAAAAGACCACUAUAGUGCCAGGAAAACAAACUUGUUUUCCUAGCACUAUAGGGUCUUUAGGUCCCCCCCACCCUCAGGGUUCCACUGAGGAAGGGGUUAAUCACUUACCUUUCUCCAGCGCCGAGCUCCCUCUGCGCUGGGGAAAUCUCCUCCCUCUUCUGACGUCAUCGCUGAAUGCGCAGCAAGAGCCACGCACGCAUUCAAUCAGUCCAUAGGAAAGCAUUUCUCAGUGCUUUCCUAUGGACGUCAGCAUCUUCUCACUGUGAUUUUCACAGUAAGAAGCGCGGAAGCGCCUCUAGCGGCUGUCAAUGAGACAGCCACUACAGGCUGGAUUAAACCUAACGUAAACAUAGCAGUUUCUCUGAAACUGCUAUGUUUACAGCUGCAUGCAGUGGCGUACAUACCGGGGUCGUGGCUGCAACCGGGCCCGGCCGCCAUGUGACCCGGUAUGUACCCACUGUGGCCAGCCUCUUCUCCUGGGGGGCCCAGGAGUUGACCACCUCAGGGCCCCCCAGGUUGGUCCUGGUGUCACCCGGCGGGCAGGCAGGCAGGCAGGCAGGCUGGCGCGCACCACACUGAUACCGGAGCCGGAAGAUGACGUCAUCUUCCGGCUCUGGCAUCAGUACGCGACACGCGAGGAAGCACUCAGGGGACAGUGCUCCCUUGCGCGUCCGCCAGCCAGCCUGCCCCGUGACACCACUGGACCCCAGGGAAUCCCCUCAGCACUCCAAAACGUAAGGAGGCUGGGGAAUUAAAUAAAAAAAGUGUGUGUGUGUGUGUGUGUGUGUUAGUGUGCGCGCAUUCAAACCGCCCAUGGGAAAGCAUUACUCAAUGCUUUCCUAUGGAUGUUCAGUGUCUUAGAAUCGCGGAAGCUCCUCUCGUGGCUGUCAAUGAGACAGCCACUAGAGGCUGGAUUAACCCUCGGUGAAAAUUUCAGAUUGAAUUACAUGAUCCUAUUACACCCUUUAUUUUUGUACCACAAUGUUUGCUUGUAUGGAAUAAAACAAAUAAAAAAUUUAAACAUAAAAAUAUAAGUAUAUAAGUGCUUGUUGGAAUGUGAAGCGAAAGAUAUCACAAUGGAUCUUUUAUAACACAUCCAAGAUCCAGCAAACUCACUCAUUCUCUAAACAGCAAUUUCAAGGCUCACAGAAUGUAACAUUUUCUUUAGAAAUACCUCACCUAGUCAGUGAGUGAGUGUAUGAUAACACAUUGCAUAUGUCUGACACAAUGUACACCGCCAAUGUACCCCAUUUUUUUCAGAUCCUAUCCUAUCUACCAACACCUGCUCUUAUGAGAUUAACCAAUUUAUUUGGAUUAGAGCAUAUCCUUGGGAUCACUGCAGUACAUGGUUAAAUAGGGCCAUAGAAUGAAACACCUGUGACAGAGAGGGAUUUAAAUCUAUAUGUAUGUUGCUGUGGAUCCUUGGCUGUAUAAUAGUCCGUAGCCAGGUGCACAAUUACCAGGGCUCCCAAAUAUCCAAAGUUUACAGAAAGGUGGCUGCACUCUCGGUCUUCAAAUAAAAUCCAAAACUUUAUUAUAAUUCCCAAAAAAUUUUUAAAAAUGACAUUUCAGUUCCACUGGUGGACUUUCUUCAGGAUCAAAAAGCUUUUUUGAUCCUAAAGAAAGUUCCCCAGAGGGGCUGAAAUGUUGAUUUAAAAAAAAAAAAAAAGAAAAAAAAUUUGGGGGGGAAUUUUAAUAAAGUUUUGAAUUUUAUUUGAAGACAGAGAGUGCAGCCACUUUUCUAUAAACUAUAUAGGAAUUAAAGGAACUAAAUAUGACUAUAUAAUAUAUAUAAACUAAAGGAAAGAGAAGCACAUAAUAUUUAUAACAGAACAGUAUAUCCUUAUAAUAAAUACACUAUUGAACGUAAUGUGACAAUGUAGUCAUGAUUGAAUGUAAUAAAAUGUGUCUGCACUGUCAUUUCAUGUUCAAUGUAUACAGAUGUUUUUUUUUGUUUUUCUCACUCUUUAGCUAUGGUCCAUUAAGAAGGGUGAUUGUUUUUUAGGUAGUUUGUGCUUUCACUUUUUUGGUUGUAUUAACAGCUUUUUUUUGAUAGGGAAAAAAAGAAAACGAUGACUAAAUAAGUGCAGUGUCCUGUGAGGUCAGGAUUGUACUGUUAGUGUUUGUUAGCACGUCUAUGCCCACACCAUUCUAUCCUGUUUCUUUAUCAGUAAAAAGGACAACAUUGAAAUAAUUAUUUUUUAUUACAGUGAAAUGUGCAAGGAACACUUCUUCUUUUUUUGCUGAAAGGCUGUACAAAUCUGUUAAGGUAAUUUCUGCUAAUUUUCUAUAUAUGUUUAUGGAUUAAUGAAUCUGUAUGAUCAUAUUGAAAAGCUUUGUGAAACAUUCCAAAAUAUGCUCCCCAAUGAAUUAUCAUGUUAGCAGAUUUCUUAAGGACACACGUAUGAAGCCUAUUCUUAAUGAUGAACUUGUAUAAUAUAAAUAAGUAUAUUCCCGAAACAGAAUAUUAUCCUAGGACAGAACAAGACUGUGUCCUAGUAGCACGUAACCACAACAUACACUUUUAUACAGAAUCAUCCAAACAUAAAUUAUUUAGUGUCUCAUGCUUGACAAACUGGAAACUAUCCACCUGCAACUGCAAUUUCAGAGGUACCGUUGACCUUCUGUAUUGGUCUGUCCAGUUAUUGCCCCCUUCUGGGAUGAUAUGGCUUAUUUAUUUGUAGCAGCAUGGUACAAAGAUGCCCGCAAUGCCAUGACAGCAUAGUCAAGCACAUGUAUGUCAGAUGCAGCAUAGUAUAGGCAUGGCAAUUGAGAAAUCAGAAUUUUUUUUAAGACUGCCUUGUUUUUAAAUUAAGAAAAAGUAAGGGCAACAAGCUGUCAUGUGUGCAUCAAAUACAGGAAAUUAACUGUCAAAAAUAGAGCUUGACUAAGGAGACAUAAAUGACAUCAUCACAAUGUCAUACAGUCAGGUGGAGAUUAAACAGUGUCACUUAAUAGUCGCACAGUAUUGAAAACAUGCUUUGGUAGAUAGGCCCGAAACCUCACCAUCGCACGUAGAUAGGCCCGAAAGUCUAUACUGUCGCAAUUUUAGUGCAACCAAGUCACUCCGUCACCAGUCAGGUUUUUGAUUAGUCUUCAACUUUAAGAAAUCCUUGACUGUCUGCUAUUACAAUAACAGUUUCAAGUCUACAAAUAUAACCUAGAAUGUGACGGCAGAUAAGAACCAUUCGGCCCAUCUAGUCUGCCCAAAAACAAAAUCACUCAUGCUAAAGCACACUCUUCUAAAUAAAAAUCAACAGCACCUGGAGAUGCCGGGGAUUGAACUCGGGGCCUCAUACAUGCAAAGCAUGCGCUCUACCACUGAGCUACAUCCCCAUUACAUUGCAACGACAGUGUCAGCAUAUAGGUGCACAAUAUUUAAAAGGUAUGUUUGGAUUAAAAGGAAUAAACAUAAUAGCUGGGUUACCACUGAUAGAUAAACACAGUGUAAAUUAAAAGAGGGAAGCAAAAAAAAAAAAAAAAUCUGCGUAUUAUAAUGGCUAUUGCAGCAGUUUGUAGGAUGAAAUUCUUCAUCCUAUGCUGCACAUGGGCCACUGCAGAAUGUCCAUAUGCUCUGUAAAUCGGUACGGUUGGGGUCUUGGUGGUUGUAAGGAGUGCUGCUCUUGGUGCCGUAUUUUCCUACCACCUCCAUCCCAGUCGUUGUUGGAUCCAAAGCCAUUAGUUCCUUGGUACCUUCUGCUCCACUGGAUGUAUCACUAGCCCUUUGGCACCUUGGGAUAUGAAGAGCCCCUCGAGUGUAUGGAUGGCAUGGUGGAUCCUGCUCCACAAAGGCCUUUGUCCCAGAGGAGGGGCACUCAGCUGGAACCGGUUCCAGUCUCAUACUUCAAGCCUGCUUGGUUGUUUCAAGUGAUUUACUGCUCAACCAAAGCCAGAACCUCUGACACGCCAGGUCAAACCUGGCCUCAAUGCUCUCAACCCAUAUUUGAAUCUUCUGGUUCGCUUGGUGCAUGGGGAGCUGCGGCUCAGUGACUCUGCAUACACGUCUAAUUGUAGGUCACGAGAGUUAAAGGAAAGCAAAACAUACAAGACGUGGUGGAUAAUCUGAUAGGUAGAGUAGUAGUAAAAUAACGGAGUGUCAUGAGCGUUAACCAUUGUUUCCAUUUUCUUUUACACCCUCCUGCACUUACUAUAUUGUUAUUCACACAUAUUGUUGGAUGAGGAUAGUAAUGAACAUAAUAAGAAAAACUAAACUUAGGACAAUGGGAAUAACCUUAUUAACAAUGAGGUGGUUGUGGUGUGUUUUUUUUCUCACCGGGUUCAGCCAAUUCCGAUGGGUUGUAAGGUUGGUGUGGUGUUGAGAAAGUCUGGGUGAGUAGCUGCAGGGUUGUGCCUGCGUAGGUCUCUCUUCCAACUCCUGGUAUUAGUGAGACCCUGCAUACCAGAUCCAUGAACUUGGGUAUUCAAAGGAUCCAAAUCUUUGUUUCCUCUGGAGCUAGUGGGGGCUCUAGAUGGUAAAGACCGCUGUUGGCAGGUAAUCUCCCACAAUUGUGGUGGGUGUGAUGAGGGCAGGUAAUCUCCCACAAUUGUGGUGGGUGUGAUGAGGGCAGGUAAUCUCCCACAAUUGUGGUGGGUGUGAUGAGGUGGCCUCUAGGCACUGGCGGGCAGGCGUCCGGUUGAACAGGAGCAGGUGUUGUGUGUUUGGCCUGGGGACACCUGUGCUGCUUCAGCAGGUUGCUUCCCAUCUUGGCUACACUGUGUUCCGUCUUAGCAGCUUGUGUCCGGUCAUGGAGUAGUGCCUAGAAGCUCCGGAAUAUAUCAUCAAGCUUUUGCAAGGUAUGCUGUAAGGAGCCGCAGUGAGGUGUUCGAGGCUGUCCCAGUACUCCUUUUUUAGGUGACAGGGCAGUUGCCUUCUUGCGUGAACAGUGUGGUUGGAGUUCAGCUCUACCACGGUCAGAGGGCUAAGGUAAGUGCAGGGUAUGCCAGUGGGGGCAGGGGACAGUAUAGUUGUGAGGUCGGACCCGAGGUUUGGAACAAGUGGAUCGGCCGCAGCAGAGGUGCCUGGGAUUCUGUCAGGUUACAGGCUUGAUUAAGGUAUCGGGUUGUGCACCUGGGUUCAGAUGGUGCCCUUGGGUGGGUUCUUUUGUCAAUCAGGUUUUAACACCCCAAAUUGGGCUCAGAAUACAGGAGCUCAGAGUCCCCACGUCUGCUCUGCGCGGAAGCUAGGCUCCACCUUGCCUCAGAUUGUAUUUCAUUCCUUAUGUCAUCUUUUAUUUUCAGAAACUAUUUCAUGACUUGCAACAACUUUAUUUGUAUUUAAAAAAUAAAAUAAAAAAAUAAGCCACUAUUGUUUUACAUAAGUAACUAACUAUGGCCAAAAAUGUGUGUUUCCAUGGUUAAUAACCCUUCUUGUGUGCUAGAACCAUUAAUUUGCUUAGUUUGGCUGCAAUGCAGGUAACUCUAAGAAGAUGGUCUUAACGUUUACUUUGCAGAAGACUGAUGUGUAAUAACUUUUUAUUAAUAGAAUAUGGAAAUUUUCCUCAAAAUAAUGUUGUAGUUCUGUAUAAAGAGUGCCAUGUUGUGAAAAAUGAUCUAAACUACUAAAAUUGGGGCAAUUGUCAUGGAAACCAGUGGUGCCAUCAGACUAAUUCCACUUUUUAUGCAUAAUCCCACUGUCUGUCUUUCUUGUCCAUGUAAUGUAAACACCAUAAAUGCAUAAGCAACGUUUAUAACUCAAAUUACAAAAUUGUAAAAACAAACUAAUUUUUAGCAAAUAUUAAAGUACUAUACACACUAAGAAUUUGUUCAUGUAAAUUGUAAAAAAAAAUUAAAUUCCAUUGUAGGGUGCAGGAACAGAUGAGUUUACGUUGACAAGAAUAAUGGUGUCUAGAUCUGAAAUGGAUAUGCUGGAUAUCCGUGCAGAGUUUAAGAAACUUGCUGGAUACUCUCUGCAUUCUGCGAUCAAGGUAAGUUUUUAAAAGUAACAAGCUCCCCCCCAAUAGAUAAACUAAUAAAGCGCCCAGGAUGAGUUAAGUUGUGAUAUGCAUACAAGUUCAGCAAUUGCUCGUAAGAGAAAUUAAAUCCUAUAGUGUAAAGAAUGCAAACUUAUAUUCCUUACACUAUAGAACUCUCCCCAGCUCAGAAAUAGUUUUUAAAAAAAGCCUUUAACUAGAUCUCAGAUUCCAGCGCAGAUGUCCCUUAGCAUUGGGUCACAAGGCACGAGGACGUCCAGCGCCAGUUAGGUGACCAAAGGUCUGUUAGCCACCAGGAUGUACUACUAGAGGCAGCCUUAGUCCUGCAAUAUAAUUAUUGCAGAAUUAAGUGGGACUGGGAAAGCGCAUCCACUUCAAUGAGCUAAAGUAGUCUGGCUGACUAUAGUUUCCCUUUCAUGAAUUGCAAAUUUUAGGCCAGUUGUUUUUUUUUCUCCAUUUAAUUAUUUUGCCCUUUAAUGCACAAUUCCUAACAAUUGCCACUUCGUUUAUUAACCCUGAUUCCUUUACUACCUGCAAGUCUUCUGAAUCUAAACUGUUUCCCUUUUACAGCCAACAUUUUUUUCUUGUUUAUGAUCUUUUUGCCUGAAUAAUACCUAUGGGUUUAUUCACUGAAGUAUGUAUAUAGACAGUGACACAUUUUAGCUUGUCCCUUGGAUAAUUUUGUUGCUAAAAUUGCUUUGAUGUAUUUUGACUUUCUCCUCAUAGUCUGAUACGGCUGGAGAUUAUGGAGAAGCACUACUGAAACUCUGUGGUGGGGACGACUAAAUGAAAGAGAAUAGAAGACUGACUGCAGCUAUAUGGAAUUUUUUUACACAACAUUUAUAUUGUGAUUCUUGAACUAAAAAUUCGCACUUGUAACUGCAGUAAAAAACAUUUCACUAUAUAAUGUAAGAAAAUAAAUUUGAUAUUUAACCUCGUUAAAACAAUACUGAAACCAAAUUAUUGUAUGAAGAAAUGUAUGCAUGAUACCAUCUUUUAAUUUUAUAUACAUUGUAAACCAGUAAUUAGAAUGUUGUUUUUUGGCUGGCAUCGUGCCAAACCGAUGUCAAAAUGCCAUUUGCAGUCUGUUGCCAGGUGUAAGGUUCUCAGAGAUCUAACAUGCCAUUCAGCCUGCCUAGUAUCACAAUUCAAGUGAGCCAUUUAUUAGCAGAGCAGUGCAAUUUGCUGAAAGGGCAAAAAGAGAAAUAAGAAUAUAUAGGUCCAUCAUAAAAACAACAAACUUAUAUGAGGUGAUACAGAUCCCAAUAUAAAUCAGGGAUGCAGGUGAAUGCUCCCUCUUACUCAACGCUCUAUUACGAAUUCUGUCAAUGACAUGUUUCAUUGCAGUAUUGGCACUUUAACAUAAGUAAAUUAGGUUUGGGUACUCAGACGCAUGAAUUUGUAUAUAAACUGUAACGCUGGGUAAAGAUGCAGCAACCACGAUCCAUGACGCAAAGAAUCACGUUAUUUUGCAGACUGGUUUCAAGCAGCUUUCUACAGCACUAGAUAGCCAGUUUCCAAAUGAAACUAGUAUUUAGCUAGUUCUAGGCAUGCAGUUUGUACAAAGAAAAUUCAAAAUUAAUCUGUAGAAGAUUUACUGAACACAAAAUGCAUAUAGUAGACAGCUGACAAUGCUUACCAUAUAGAUAUUACAUGUUUUAUAAUACAGGUUUAAAAAAAAAAAAAAAAAAAAAUAUAGUGCAGCAUUUAAUGAGCAGUGAAGUUAAAAUAGUGAGAUUGCACACUCGUCCUUGAACCUAUUUGUUAUUGGCUCAAAUCCUAUACACUUUUUUUUUUUUUAGGUAGCACCUAACCUCCUCUAAAUAUGAAUUGGAAGAAAGUUAUAUACAAAUAUUAGGGACCGAGAGGAAUACACUUUCGAAAUUACACGCUUACAUAAAACUUUAUUAGAAAUCAAUCAUUUUUUAGGGAUGCCCCAAUUUCAAACAAACUGGUAAAUUAUAUUAAAGAAAAAUGGAGAAGCACUUAAAUUUGUUUUGUUGUUUAAUGGCUGCAUUACCUUUCUGGCAAGGCUUUGUUCAUUACACAAUGAACAAAUGUUAUUGUCGUCAUCCAAAGUUGGACCCUAAAGACCACAUGCAAGCAUAUAUCCUGCUUAUUUAGCUUUUAUAGCUACAUUUAGAUUUUUAAAUGCAUAUUCGAGGCAAGAGUUAAUUCUACUCUUUACAGGAUCUAGAAUGAAAGGGGUUCAUACUUAGUCUUCUAAUUUUGGAGCUAAAACUACUGUGAUGCUUUUUAGUCACACAUUCUAUUCCUUUUGUUCUCUUAAAGGAACGUUCCAGCUUUUGUGAAUAAGAAGCAUUGCCUUCCUGUUUGAAAGAGUACUCAGUUUAAAUACAGAAGCACACCCUCUAGACAGCAGCUCAAUUACUUAAAAGUAAGACAAUGAGUUGUGUCUCAAAGCACCCCAGCAUGCAAAAGUAGAGGUUACUUUAAGGGGAAGCAAGUUAUCCGCCAUUCCUCUGGCUAUCCUUUUCGUUUUACAAUGACCAUGAGGCAUAUAGCUUUUAGAUCAUAAAUAUAGCCCAGUCACAUUGUUUUUAAUCCACAAUCUUAUCCUUACAUUGGGCAUAGCAGCACAUCUUACAAUAGCAGAUCCAUAAGUUUAGGGAUUUAACCGCUUAGGACAAUUAAAAUACAUCAAUAAAGUAAAAAUUUAGGAAUAAUUUAACAUGUCAUUUUGUCAAUGGUUAUGUAUAUGAGGGGUUUAAUAGUAGCAGGGAUAGAGAAAUACAGCCUCUCCCCACUGCAUAUGUGUAUUUCAUUGAUCAUUUGGUACCAGUGGCUUGACAAAGACCAUUGGUUACAAGAAACAAUACUGGGUAAAUUUGGGAUUAAAUUGAAAUCUCAUCUUUUAAUGUUGCAGUUUUAUCUUUUCUAUUUUUUUUUUAAAUUGUUAUAUGGGCUGUAGGUAGAGAUUUGUAAACACUGAUGUACGGGUAAAUGCAUGGAGUUAAAUGUUGGUUUCCACACUGUCAG